UUCCCGUCGCGACGGAUGAAGUCGCAAUAGUGUGUGUAAGGGAGAGGAUGAUGAAUAUAUUUUGCAGAGAGCCCAGUUGAGCCUGUCCUUCCUGGAAGUGACUUUUCAGAACUGUGCACAAGGAACAUCGCUUUUGAAACACCACCACCACAAUGCCGGUCACUCAGUUCAAACACCCAGAUCCAUACAAGUACCAGAACGGCUUCGACUCUUAUCAUGAGACCGAAGCCAUCGAAGGCGCCCUCCCAAUAGGCCAUAAUUCUCCCCAGAAAGUGCCAUAUGGCCUCUACGCCGAAAAGCUCUCCGGAACAGCCUUUACGGCUCCCCGACACGAGAAUAAACAAACCUGGGUCUACAGAAUCAUUCCUGCCGCAUCCCACGAAAACUUCAAGGCCGAGGAAUCAGACACGUAUCACACGCGCAUGACAACCGAAACCCACAAGCUGCACCACAUCCCCAACCAGCUGCGGUGGAAUCCGUUUGAUCUGGAUGAGAAGGUUGACUGGGUUCAUGGGCUGCAUCUUGUGGCGGGUGCAGGAGAUCCCACGCUGAAACAUGGUCUUGGGAUUCUGCUGUAUGCUGCUGGGAAGGACAUGGGCAAGGAGGCGUUUUACUCGGCUGAUGGAGAUUUCUUGAUUGUUCCCCAACAUGGUGUGUUGGAUAUUCAGACAGAGCUGGGAAGACUGGUGGUCCGUCCGAAUGAGAUCUGCGUGAUUCCUCGUGGCGUGAGGUAUCGUGUGACUCUUCCCGAUGGUCCUGUGCGAGGAUACAUUUGCGAGCUCUAUCAGGGUCACUACCAGCUUCCAGAGCUGGGUCCAAUUGGCUCCAACUGUCUCGCCAACGCACGGGACUUCCAGGCUCCUGUGGCUUCCUUUGAAGACGAUGAGUCGGAGUUCCGUCUGUACAGCAAAUUCGCAAACACCCUCUUCUCCACCCGCCAGGACCACUCCCCGUUUGACAUUGUCGCUUGGCACGGGAACUACUACCCCUACAAGUACGACUUGGGACGAUUCAACACCAUUGGAUCUGUUUCAUUCGACCACCCCGAUCCUUCCAUCUACACCGUUCUCACUGGCCCGUCGGACCACGUUGGUACAGCAAUUGCGGACUUUGUGAUCUUCCCUCCCCGUUGGCUCGUGCAAGAGGACACCUUCCGUCCCCCAUGGUACCACCGUAACACCAUGUCUGAAUUCAUGGGACUGAUUGCUGGAAAUUACGACGCAAAGACUGGUGGUGGCUUUCAGCCGGCUGGCGCCAGUUUGCACAAUGUCAUGAGCGCUCACGGCCCGGAUAUGAGUGCCUUUGAGGGGGCGAGCAAUGCGGAGUUAAAGCCUCAGAAGAUCGGUGAGGGAAGUAUGGCGUUCAUGUUUGAGAGGUGAGUUUCGUAUUCGAGUCCCAUUAUUCGAGCUCCCUGCUAAUGUAUCCAUAUAGCUCGCUCAUGGUUGGUGUGUCGGAAUGGGGUCUGAAGACUUGCGAAAAGGUACAAGAAGAGUACAACGACCACAGCUGGCGUCCACUCAAGAGACAUUUCAAGGAUCCUCGC